CAAAUUUAACUACUACUGAGCAGCUGCCGACGGAAGUGCAUAGAAAUUGCGGUCUUCUCAGCCAAGUAGCAAAUAGUCAGCAAAACUAUAUGAAUAAACUCAAAGAGAAUUCACUCGGGUACAUUCAAACCAAGCUAGAAGGACAGGAUGCCAGUGAAUUCCUUCGCCAAAUCAGCAGCAACAGCGCUGACGCACAGAGGUUGGCAGACGAACGUGUAUCGAUAUCGACGAAUUUGAGAGAUAUAAUAAACCGCAACAUCAAACUAAUAGAGACAUCAAUAGAGAACCAACAAACAGAGCUUCAAAUGGGUGUUAGACCGGGUACCCAGCCAUCACACAAUGAACAAUUGAAAAAAGAGCGCGACAAUCGCAUGCGUUCCCGUGCAGCGAGGGAGGAACAGGAAAGAGUGGAGAAUGAAAAUAACGAAGAUGAUGAGCGCUACUGUUUCUGCAACCAAGUCAGCUUUGGUGAAAUGGUAGCCUGCGAUAAUGGUAAGAAAGAUGUUUGUUGAGAAUUCUACUCAUAUACUUCAGAACAAUGCCCAUAUCAGUGGUUCCACCUCGCAUGUAUUGGACUAACUGAGGCACCCAGCGAUGAGUUCAUCUGUUCAUUCUGCCAGCAACAGGAUAGCGUACAGGAUGGAGAAC